AUGGUAACCUUCAAGUUACUUCUAGCCAUUUCCUCCAUCAAGAAAUGGCCCAUUUUGCAAGUUGACAUCAACAACGCUUUUCUUAAUGGAGAUCUCCAAGAAGAAGUUUAUAUGGCAUUGCCUCCUGGAUUCUCUCCUUCUAACACAGAGGACAAUUCCAACCUUGUUUGCAAACUUCAUAAAUCAAUAUAUGCUCUCAAACAAUCUUCAAGACAAUGGUAUAAAAAGCUCUCUGACGCUCUUUUAAUAGCAGGUUUCUCUCAAUCUGCAGCCGAUUACACUCUCUUCACACGCGGUUCUAAUGUCGACUUCAUCGCUCUACUCGUUUAUGUUGAUGAUAUUAUCAUCACAGGCCCGAACAUUGAUCUUCUCCACCAACUACAAGAUGCUCUCAAUGAUCAAUUUCAACUAAAAGCCUUAGGUCCACUUAAAUACUUUCUGGGUUUUGAAAUCGCCAAAUCAGAUGACGGCGGGUUCUUAUCUCAACGAAAAUAUACUCUACAACUGUUUGAAGAUACUGGCUACACAUGCAGUAAACCUGCCAAGACUCCAAUGGAUCCCAGAACGAAAUUCGACAAUGAACAGGGACACCUUCUUGAUGAUCCUUCUUCAUACAGACAACUUAUAGGCAGACUUCUCUACCUAACACUUUCAAGACCUGAUAUAACAUUUUCCGUCAACACGUUGAGUCAAUUUAUGUUAUCUCCUCGCACCACACACAUGCAAGCCAUCCACCAUUUACUCAGAUAUCUCAAGGGAAGUCCAGGUCAGGGACUUCUUUACAGCUCAAAAUCUUCACUACACCUCAGGGGCUUCUCCGAUUCAGACUGGGCUGCUUGCCCCACCACGAGACGGUCUGUGACUGGUUUUUGCAUAUUCAUAGGCGAUUGCCUAAUAUCAUGGAAAAUAAAGAAACAAACCACCGUUUCUAAGAGCUCAGCAGAGGCUGAAUAUCGUGCUCUUGCUAGCACCAGCAGUGAAAUAACUUGGAUUCAAUACCUUUUAGCUGAUUUCCAAAUCAAUCAACCUACACCUGCCUUCAUAUAUUGUGAUAACAGUCAGCCAUACAUAUAG